CCUUUUUUACGCAUAAAAAAUUUAUUCAAUUGAUUUUGACCCCCCCUACAUAUUUUUCUGCGGGCGCCCCUGGGGGAGCCACCAUAUUCUAACUUACUUUUUUGUGAGUUACUUAUCCAUACCUACAACAUAUUAAAAUUUAGAGAAAAUCGUAUGGUUCCAAAAUUCUUAUGUAUCAGGUACGGGGUCCUUUAAUUUCAACCAUAAACUUUUAUUUGAGACACUUCUUUCUAAAAUAUCAAAUAAAAAAGGGAGAAGGAGGUGACAAUUAUAACCAGUAACCCUGUACAACCUCACACCCUGUAUUAUCACAAUAAUUUUGGAAGUUCGUGACAAAAACUGUCAUAUUUGACAUUGUAACCUUUUUGAAAAUUGAUCAAAGAGUCACUUUAAAAUAAAAAGAAAUGACCCAUUCAGCCGAUAUAUUCCAAAUAUCCAAAGAAAUUGUGUUCCCUGACGAAUCAAAUAGAUAUUUGAAGGAACAAAUAACGGGUUUUAUGCAUGAAAACCAAAUGCUACGCAAAAACCUGGAAGAAUCUACACAAAAAUAUAAAAAUCUUCAAAACCGCAAUGAAGAUCUUAAAAAUAAACUUAAAGAAGACUCAAUAAUGCCUUUGAUGCAACAAAGUCCGAGCAUAAACAGUAAAAUAGUCGAACUGAGCAAAAAUUUAAGAGAAAAAUGCGUAGAACUUGAAAAAUACAAAACGAAACAUUCAAAAUUAGUCGCUCAAAUAGAAGAACUAAAACAAACUAAAACUUAUACUGAAGAAUCAAAACCCAAUAAUGAAAUAAUUGAAAUCAAACAAUUAAAAGAAAAACUUCGAAGAACAAACAAUAAAAUACUCGAAUACAAAAAUAUACACAACCAAUUAAAGGAAGAACUUAAACAAGCCAAAAAAUUAAUAGAAGAAGAAAUUGGCCUUUCCAAUAAUAACCAUAAAAGCCGAUUACAAAUUAUAAAAGAAUUACAAGAAAAAAACAAAAAACUAAAAGACAAAUUAAAAGUUUUGGAUCCAUCGCCCUCACAAAAACUGAUCACCAAUCCAGAAAAACCUAAAAUAGCGGCCCUAGAAAAUCAACUAACCGAACUAGAAGAACAAAAUCAAUCGUUGAAAUUCAAAAACAACUCCCUCAAAGCCAGAUGCAAGAUGCUAGAAGUGCAACAGCAAGAUUUAAAAGUAAAACUGCAAAAAAACGAUGAAAAAUGCCUCAAAGAACAUUUAAAUGUCAUUGAGAAUUUGUCCAAAAGUUUAUCCGAUAGUGAGAACAUAAAAAAAACCCUAAUCAAAGACAAGGAUUCGGAAAUGAGAAAACUAAAGAAACAAAUCGACGAUGUAACGGAGCAAGUGCAAAACUACAAAAACCUCAUACAAAACCUUAAAGAUCGACAGCAGAAUAAUUGUGAAGCCGAAAAUGAAGCAACUGCAGAUUUGCAAGAAGAAAAAUCCAAACUUUUAAAACUAAUAAAACAACAAAACGAAAAACUAGAUGAGGAACGUAACAACUUGAACAAAUGCCAGCAAUUGCUUAGAAUCAAACAGCAAAAAACCGUUAAACUUGAAGCUGCGAUCGCUCAAUCCGAAGUUGUGGAUUCCGUAAGAUCCCGACACAGUUAUACGUCACUAUUACAAAAAAACUCCGAAACUGAUUUGAAAAAUCAAUUGGAAUUGGCUCAGGAAACUAUUAAAAGCUUGCAAGAUAGAUUGCAAGUGGAACAGAGCGAACGCAAACGGGAUUUUCAAGAGUUUUCAAAGAUUUUGUUGAGUGAAAAGUAACUUAAAAUAAAUUAUUAUUGGGUUUUAACGUUUUUGUAUCCUAAGUUCAUAGCCCAGUCGAAUUGUCAAUAAAAUGGUCAAAUAAAUAAAAGAGUUAGGAUAGGGUAGAGUUUUAAUUUCUUAGUAUAUUGUGUUGGUCGGCUAUUGAGGUGAAGAAGGAGGUGAAAACGAUAUGAAUUGUUACAAUGGAACUUAAUGAGUGACAGAAAGAAAUAAUGGACUGUCUGAAGAACGAGGAGGAUUUUGUAGCAGUAGAUAUAGGCAUCGACUGAAUUAAAGAAUAAAGAGAGGAAAAACUCUCAGGCCUGCCCGACUUAUUGUCCCCAUGUAGCACUGAAGUCACUGAAGUCAUUAUUAUUCACUAGCUAAUGGUCUUGAAAUUUCUUCCUUCCAGGUAACUUUUAAUUCUCCACAAAAAAGUUCUUUUGAGUUUUUUUGAUAUAAUGCAUAAUUUACGAAAUAUUCAAUAAAUUCCAAAAAAAUCAAGAUGGCGGCCAUUUUUUCCAAGUUCCACCAAUGCGACAAAGUGCGAUUUUUGAAGGAUUAGUUAGGACCCUUAUAUUGACUACUCAUUUCCGCAGAGAUCACUUUGUUACUAAUUUUUUUCUACCCCAACCACCUAUUUUGACUAGCCUACACAUUGAAUUAUCAAAUUACUAUCCAAGUCUUUUUGCUCCUUUUUGUUUAGUUGUUUUUUUAUGCUUUGCAGUUCAACCUGAAGUUUUUCGUUGAUUUCUGUAGUUGCUCAUUGAACUUCGCAAACAGUGCGUUGUAUAUAUUUUCCUUCCAUUGAGUUUAUAUUAACUUGUCCAUAAUAUCAUCCAAGGUGCAGUUCUUUUGCACUUGUUUUGUUUUGGCAUUUUUCCCAUUGUUGCUAUUAUCACAUUCUUGACAAAUCCAAGGUUAGCUAGAAUUACUUGUCCUCUGGUAAGUCCUUUGAACCAUUCUCAGUGUUGCCAAUGACCCGAUAAUUAUCGAAUUCUACCAUAAUUUUGACUACGAUUCAAUAAUCGAUAAUGACAAGCUAAUCUACCAUAAUUUAUUGAAACUACAAUAAUUUUAAUAUAGAUUUUUCAAAUUUUUAGUUAAAAAUUAAAAAUUUAUUAAAAAAUUAAGAGUGGUUGUUGGUUUUGAGUGUUUUGACGUACUGGUGCGAGCACCAAACACUAGUCCCAGAUUGAACCAAAGUUUCAUGCCAAUAACUUUACUGGUUUCCAAAAUAUGGCCCUUUGAAAUAUUUGAAAAUCAAAUUCCCAUGCAUACCCCUUUUGAAAAAUUCGAAUUUUUAAAUUUUUAGAUUUUGCAAUGUUUGACUUUACCAAUCAAAAGAGGGGAUCAAAAUUAAGGAAAAAGCAUUUUUGCAACUUUGUUUUUAGAGUUUUAAAGCCUUGUAAAAAAAGAAAAACGAUUUUUG